AUGGCAUCAGCUAACAACGACCAAGUGAAAAAGAGAGUAUCUAUUCCGAUGUCUUCGAAAGAUGAAGCAACUAUAACAACUUAUGAAUACACUUUGCCCGGCGACGAUGAUGAUAGUUUUUUGGUGGACGAAUCCGACUUGAUGUCAAGCCGCUCAGGAUCCUUCAAGAGAAUCGAUACUACUGGUAGUGUAUUCAGCAACAGCUCCGGUUCAAUAUCUAUGUCCGCCCGAUCGACAGGAUCCUCAAAUGCUCAAGAGAUGACAUCCAUGCGGUCAAAAAGCAUCUGUGAUGAUGAAUUGAAUCUAAUUGACCGAAAUUCAGUGAAGCAAAAGAAGUCGAGUCAAGCACUAGCGGGCUUGACCAUCAACAAAUUGAAUACUUCGAAUAUUGGGUUAAUUGGGAGGGAGAAACAAGUGAAAAUUCUACAUUCUUGCUAUUCUACAAUUAUGGACUCAAAAAAAGAAGAGGGAAUAUAUGCGAAAAACAGACAACUGGUUUUCAUCAAAGGUUACGCAGGGGUGGGAAAGUCCAUGCUGGCCAAGACUUUGGAGCAGAAAGUAUCAAGCACAGACAAAGGGUGUUUUGUUGAAGGCAAAUUCGAUUACAACCAUAGUGACGAACCAUAUAGCGGAAUCGCUGCGGCCUUCGGCAAUAUAUUUGAUUUCAUCAUGAAGGAUUCACAGGGACGAGACUUUUCCACAAUUACAGAAAAAAUAACAUCUAGAUUGGGGGAAGAUGUGAAGAUGAUGAUGUACUUGGUUCCACAGCUAGAUGAGCUCAUUGGAGACUACAGUACCAGUGGUGUCGAGUCCAAUGAAGGGGCGUUUGAUCCAACAAGUGCAGAGCAACGGUGGAAGUAUGCCUUUCGGAUGCUGGCUAGAGCUCUCACUUCGACAUUCCAUCCAUUGGUGAUGGUACUCGAUGAUCUACAAUGGGCCGACGUCUCAUCCCUAGACGUCAUUGAAUAUCUUGUGUCCGAUGUGGAAAAUCCAAACCCGCUCAUGAUUGUCGGUUCCUACCGAUCCAACGAAGUGGACGAGAACAGUAUACUUUACAACCGGAUCCAAAGUCUGCUUGGAAAGUGUGACAAGUUCUGCUUUAAGAUUAGGGAAAUCGAUGUACCCAGCUUUGACGUGAACGAUGUCAACAAAAUGGUCAUGUCUAUGCUGUCCAUAGAUGAUGAUGAAGACGCGACAAGGGAUCUGGCAGAAAUAUGCUACAAACGAACGCAGGGAAAUCCAUUCUUCCUUUCAGAGUUCAUGUUACUUCUAUACGAAGAGAAACUCGUCGAAUUCAACUUGGGUCUAAUGGCGUGGAAAUGGGAGGCUUCUGAAAUUGAUGAGAAGACCAUGGCUACUGCGAACGUUGUCAACCUUUUGCAGACACGGAUGCGAAAGAUGAAUUUGGACGUGCAAAACUUACUCCAAUACGCGGCUUGUCUUGGUACAUCUUUUACCAUGUCAAAUUUGCAGCUGAUUUGGAAAGAAGAAGGCGACAUGCAAAACAGCAAUCGGCUCACCGUCGCCGAUUUUCUGAAUCUAACCAAACAAGAAAGCCUGAUAGAGAGCAACGGUGGAUCUGAAUACAGAUGGGUACACGAUAAAGUACAAGAAGCAGCAUUGCAUCUGUCAGAUACGGUCAAUGACGCCUUUCGGUUUGAUAUCGGGAUUACACUACUUCAUGGCAUGACACCGAAUGAGGUUGAAGAGAAGCUCUUUGAUAUGGUCGAUCUAAUCAACAGUGGGAAGGUGAACAAAGCGGCCGAGUUUGCAGAGCUCAAUCUUCGUGCUGCUGAGAAGGCACGAACCAUGAGUGCUUUGCAAAGUGCAUCGGCGUACGCCGUCCACGGAAUCGGAUUCCUACCGGGUGACCAUUGGGAGUCACAUCGUCCUCUGGCACUGAAGCUGUACACAAUGGCAGCUGAGGUGGAGCUUGCCCUAGGAAGAGUAGAAUCAUCCGAAAAGUAUGGAAAUGAAGUACUUGGGCAGGAUAACAUGUCACUUAUGGAGACUCUGCCGUUCCGUUUGGCAAAAGCUCGCAACCUAUGUUACGUUCAACUGAAAUUCGACGAUGCCAUCAACUACUGUAUCCCCAUCUUGCGAGAUCUUGGACACAAUCUGACAUGGAGUCGCAAAGCAGUGCCGAUUCAGGCUGUCCGAUCGCUUCUCCGAUCUGUAAAGGCACUAAAGCAGGCACCGAAGGAAAUGUGGGAGAAUGUUUCCAAAACCACAGAUCCAAAGGAGCAGUCGGUUGCGCUUCUGAUGCGUCAACUCAAUUACGCUGGAUAUAACUCAGAAGAUGUUUUCCUGAGUAUUUUGUGCAAUGCUCGGCUUGGCGAGAUGACACUCAAACACGGAGUAAACCAAUCCUCUGCAUCGGCGAUUGCCACUUUGGGUGGUGCCAUUUUGAUGGUGCAGCAGGACUACGAAACCUGUGAACAAUUGGGAACAUUGGCACUAUCGCUGGAGCGUCGCAUUCAUGGAAUCCAUAUCGCCGAGACUGUUUACUGUGCAUAUGCAUAUGGAUUGUCCUGGACCCGAAUGCUCGGUGACUGCGUAAUGCCAGCAAUGGAAGGAUAUACACUUGGCAUGCAAAAAGGCGACACCCCUUUUGCAAGUUGGAACCUAAUGCAGCAUUUUGUCUUCCUUCCUUACACAAUGGGGAAGGCAUUGGGUCCGAUGUUGGAGGAGUUUCCCAGAAUACUGGCGCAGUUGGAGAACGUUGCGCAAUCAGGGCAUGUUCUAGUGUUACGGCUUUUCUGGCAGAUGAUGUUGGACAUGCAAAGAACACUGCAACCUUCUACGAAUCAACUGGAAGGGGAGAUAUUCAGUCGCUCCAAGGACAACGAGCAGAGUCCGGUGCAUCGUGGAACUGUGCAUCUGUGCGAAGGGGAACUGAUGAUUUUUUGCGGAGACUAUGAAUCGGCAGCUACACGGGCAAUCAAGAAAGCUGGCAAAUAUGAAAAAGCGCUGCCUGGAUUCUUUAUGAUAAUGAUUGAGACAUUCCAUCGGGCAGUGGCACUGUAUGCCAUGGCCCAAAAAACAAAGAGGCUGAAGUAUAGAUCUCGUGCAGACGCGAUUAGAAAGACCAUGAUGAAAUGGAUGAAGCGUGGCAACCCAAAUGUUGUCUACUUUGUUGAGUUCUUGACGGCCGAGCAUUAUGCGCUGGCUUCAAAGCUCGACAAGGCAGAAGAACAUUAUCGGAAAUCAAUUGUUUUCACUGCACGAACAGGCUACCUGCACCAUUCCGGCUUGUUCAACGAGCGAUAUGCCGACUUCUUGUUGAGCAAACGAAAAGAUGUAAAUGAAGCUAAAUAUCGACUUGAGGAGGCAAUCCGAUACUACGAAGAAUGGGGCGCCACUGGAAAAGUUCAACAAUUGAAGGAUCGAUUGACUAGUCUUUCGUAG